UUCAACUCCAAAGCUCUAACCAAUCCCAAAUAAGUAGCUGCCCCAAGGAAUUCAAGUGUGGGAUCCUAGGAAACGUAGGCUUUCCUUUCUCUUUAUCCUCACAACCUGCUUGUGGGUUGUCCACCAUAGAUUGCAAUAUUAUGCCAUAUCCAAAUGUUCAUUUGGGAGGAAAUGUUUACAGUGCUUGGGAACAUCGGGAGUUUAAUGAUGGUUUUCGAGUUUUAGACCAUAGGCUUGAGGACUUAUUGGGAAAGAACAGUUGUCACUCUUUUGAUCAAAGUAUAUCAUUUCCAAGUUCUCCUUCUGUCUCGUUUAGAAUCAAAGGACCCAAUCUUACCUUGUUCAGAUGCAACGACAGUAGCACGAAUGAUCAUUAUUUUCGCGACUAUCAGAACUUUACUAAUUGUAGUGGCUUCAGCAUAUACUACAAGUAUCCGAGUAGAGAACAGGAAGAUUCCUGGCAUGCACCAGAGGAAGGUAUUCCAGAUAACUGUUCACCGAUUCAUUUGCCAAUUAAACGGGGAGCACGGUCUCAAAAUAGUAGCUUGUUUGAUGGCUUAACUGCGAAUUUUACAAUUCGGUGGAACUUCUCUGAUGAUUGUAGUAAAUGUUACUAUGAUGGAGGUCGAUGUUUAACUGACAGCAACUACAAAUUUCUUUGUUCCUUUAAUCCCACAGCAAAAAGAAAAUCAAGGCGAAUUCUAGUUAUAGUCUUACUUGCAGUGAUUUGCUUGACCUUUUCAAUUUGCCUUGGUAUUGUUAUAUGGUGUUUCAAGAAAAGAAAAGGCAGUCGUUCUCACUCUUUCACAAGAAAUACAUAUUCUGAUCGAAACGAUCUUGAAGGGGGUAGCAAGUACUUUGGGGUCCCUGUCUUCUCCUACUCUACUCUUCAAGAAGCCACCAAUAAUUUUGAUUCCUCCAGAGAGCUUGGAGACGGAGGUUUUGGAACUGUAUACUACGGUAAACUUCGUGAUAGGAGAGAAGUUGCAGUGAAACGCCUCUAUGAGCAAAGUUCCAAGAGGAUGGUGCAAUUUAAGAAUGAAAUUGAAAUUCUUACUCGCUUAAGGCACCAGAAUCUUGUUAUGCUUUAUGGUUGCACAUCACGGCAUAGUCGUGAACUCCUCCUGGUUUAUGAAUACAUCCCGAAUGGAACAGUUGCUGAUCACCUGCAUGGCGAGAAAGCAAAGAACGGAACCUUUAUAUGGUCUAUCCGCAUGAAAAUUGCCAUAGAAACUGCUAGCGCUUUAGCUUAUCUCCACGCUUCUGACAUAAUACACCGCGAUAUUAAGACUUGUAACAUUCUUCUUGACAACAAUUUCUGCGUAAAAGUUGCAGAUUUUGGGCUCUCGAGACUUUUUCCAAAUGAUGUAACUCAUAUAUCAACUGCACCUCAGGGGACACCUGGAUAUGUUGAUCCAGAUUACCAUGCAUGCUUUCAGCUAACUAGUAAAAGUGAUGUGUAUAGUUUCGGAGUUGUGCUUAUUGAGCUCAUAUCAUCAUUGCUUGCUGUGGAUAUAAGAAGGCAUAGGGAUGAAAUUAGUUUGGCUAACUUUGCAAUAAGCAAGAUUUUGAAAUGUGCAUUUGAGGAAUUGAUCGAUCCGUCUCUUGGUUACAAGUCCGAUCCUGAAGUUAGGAGAAUGACUACUUCAGUUGUAGAGCUAGCUUUUCGAUGUCUCCAACUUGAAAAGGAGAUGAGGCCAACAAUGGAUGAAGUGUUAGAAAUUCUAAAGGCAAUUCAGAGGGGCGAGUCGGAAAACCAGAAGGAAGAGGAUAUUAACAUCAUUGAUAAUGAAUCAGAAGAUGAUGCACAAUUGAUGAAAUCUAAAUUACCUGUUUCACCGAAUUCUGUGAAUGAUAAGUGGUUUAGCUGCUCUGCCACAGCUAGUAUUAGCGGGUGAAAUUCCUUAGAUGUCAAUGAUAACUUCAUUAAUUUUCAACUUUCACUCUCUUCUCAUU